CACACACAGCAGCGCAGUGGGCCCAUCUCUCACUUGCGCUCGCGACGUGUCUUUACUUGAAACCUUGGGGUGCAGUGUCAUUGCUCACUGCUGUGCCGAAGCAUCAGGCCAAGCCCAGCAAUUGAAUCUACGACAAGACAUUUGAAUCGAGUCCUCCGCAGCUAAUAACUGUCCUACAGCAGUAGAGGGGGGUGCCACCUGUUCAAGAAGGACUGCUGCUGCGAUGACGAUGCGAUCACCACCUUGCUCGCCGGCCCUGCUGCGAUUUGUCGCAUUGGUCCUGGCAACGCUCACCGUUGUCCCCGGCAGUAUUGCCUUCGUUGUAACCUCCUCCGGGAGGCCGAGCUUGAAAACGCAACCGCGAUGCGGCGGCAGCAGCGUCAUGUUUUCGAGAGCGAGGCGACCAUCGAGGAAUGCCAACCGCCGCCCUGUCGGUGGUAGUAGCGUUGGCGGGAGCGUGAGGGGAGGGGCAACCGCGACCAGGUUGAUAAUGGGGGCUGGCAUUACAUCGGAGGACGGUGACGGAGAAGAAUCCUCAGACUACUCGGCAUGGCCAGCGAUCAACCGCAAGGCGAUCGGGGCGUUGGCCAGCGUCGGGGCCCUCGAGUCGGCGUACCUCACGUACCAGAAGAUCCACCCGGCAGGGCUGGACCUCCUGUGCGGGGCCAGCGGAGGCUGUCUGGACGUCCUCAACGGGCCGUACUCGAACGUGUUGGGCGUCCCGUUAUCAGCGUUCGGCACGUUGGGGUACCUGGCGGCGGCAGGGUUGGCCGUCGUUCCGCUGUUCGCCAAGGAGGAGUCCGCUUCAGUCGACAAGACCACGCGCUCGUUGUUGCUGGUUGUAACCACUGCCAUGGGCGUGUUCUCGCUGUACCUGUUGAGCUUGCUCAAGUUCAAGAUCGGCUACCCAUGCCCCUGGUGUCUUACGUCGGCUGGGCUGUCGCUCUCGAUGUGCGUCGUGGCGUGGAUGAAGAGGGCCGUACCUGAGAAGACGAAGGCAGCGGUCGUGGGGGCCUGCACGACGCUCAUCACCGCCUUCGCGUGCUUGACUGUCUUCGUGGUCACCGAGACUGCUCUCGACAUCCGACAGGCGGAGGCAUCCCCCGGCGAGCUUGUCGGGGUCCAGCUCGUGGCACCGCCGUUGAUCGACACGGAGUCAUCGCCUCAGGCGCUUCGGAUUGGGAAGAAGCUCAAGUCCUUGGACGCUAAGAUGUACGGGGCGUACUGGUGCACCCAUUGUUUUAACCAAAAGGAGAUGCUGGGCAAGCAGGUCAUGUCGAAGGUCAAGUACAUCGAGUGUUCCAACCGUGGGGUGGACAACCAGGUUGACAUGUGCAAGGCCGCUGACAUCCCGGGUUUCCCCACGUGGGACAUUGACGGGAAGCUGUACCCGGGCGAGCAGACCUUGGAAGAGCUAGAGGAGAUCGUAGGUCUCGCGCCCUAUACAGGAUGAAGAUGUUGCCGUAUUUUGAGAACAUGUAUCCCGUCUCUUAGGAGUUAGCCUAUGGUCCAGGCAGCCAUCACUCUCACAGAUGGGGGUUGAUUCCAUAGGCGGCGGAACUACCGUCGCAGAGUGGUCGCACAAAAAGUAGUAUGGAGAUCGCAUUGAGAAUCAGGCUGGCUUGGCCUCAACCGCGUGGAAUAUUGACUUCUUUGUGUGUGAUCGGUGUGAAGCACAUGCCAGCCUUGACCUGUGACUUUUCAGCACCCAUCCCUCUCCUGAGGCGGUGAUUUGGUGUUGUAUCUGAUACGUUGAUUUUCGGCGAUAAUGCCCCGUUUCGUCUCGGCGCAGGACUACCCCUUAGUGUACGCAAAGAAAGUACAUUUACCAGGAAACAGAUCAGGCACGCACGGGGAACGCCCGCCCCAACCAAACUUCG